AUGGCUCGUCGACAACCGCUCCAUCCCGUCGUCCUGAUCCUCUCACACCCCCCCAGCUUCACUAGCGUCCUACGUAUGCGCUCCCUCGUGCUGUCAGUUGGUGGCACACGGGUCGAUGGCCUGCCCCUCGGCUCGCCUGGCCUGGCUCCAGCAACAGAAACCGCAGCCGUCCCCUUCUGGAGGGCGUCCGGUUGCAGGGCCGCUCGGCGACGCUCCGCUGCUGGUUCUGCUGCUGCUGCUGCUAGUAUCUCAUCGCCAUCUGGCGCGGCGGGCAACGUCUCCCGCAUCAUCUCGAUAUACUGCCCGUUGCCUGCGUUUGCUACUUGUCCUUUGCUUGCCUUUGCUGCUUCCAAGCUCAACAUCACCCUGUUGCCUAGUGUCAAGAGCUUCGUCUGUUAUGAGGAACGAUCCUUUAUGCUCUCGAGCAGCAACACAUCCAACCGAAGCUCGCACGAUGAUUCAUCAAACGUGUUCGAUUCAACGGGCAGCAGCAGCAACACAUUCUCAGAUACGUCGUCGACAUGUGGCAGCGUCGCUUCCAACCUCUCGCCCCGAGCAAGCAACAAUCGCAAGCGCAACGCCAGCCCGUCGGCGCCUCGAGCCAGCACAGCCCUUACGGACGAGUCGUCCUGGGAUGCCGAAGACACCACUCCUACAACAGCAGCCCCCAAGCAAAAGGGCUCCUUCACCUGUGGCUUCUGUCUCGAGGAGGGCAUCCAGAAGACAUGUACCCGCAAGAACGACCUCAAGCGCCACAUGGAAGACUUCCACCACACAAACGCGCAAUGGUUCUGCAGGCAUCGGGGCUGCCAGAUGGUCUUUGACUGGCAAACGGCUUACAAGGCCCAUCUGAAGAACGCCCACGGCGGGUCGAGGAUGAACCUGGACGAUGCCAAGAUCCCACUGUGUCCGCAGACGGUGUUUGCGUGCGGCUUCGAGAACUGCCUGCAGGUCUUUGAGGCGCCAAGCGAUGCCCAUGCUGGCCCAACCUUCAAGGAGUACGUGAGCCAUGUCGUCAAGCAUUUCGACGAGGGCGCAAGCAGCGGCCAGUGGAGCUACUCGGCGAGGAUGCGCAACCUGCUGCGGCAGUCGAGCGUCCUGACUACCUGGUCGCAGUCGCUGUGGCCAGACGCAGACCCGAGCCGCCUGCGGUGGAAUUCCCAGACGAGCAGCGUCCUGAGAAAGCGGCUGGAGACUAGGCACCUUGGCGACAUGCAGUUCCUUGUCCAGUACGCCAUCGCGCUUGGGUCCAGCCCCAAUGGCGCCAUCCAGAACUUUCGCGCGGACUUUGUCACUCCCAUCCGCAGCGAGUGCCGGCUGGCCAUCCACGGCCACGCCAGGGCAGCUGUUCCGUCUGCCACGCCGACUCCUGAGCCGGACCACAUGCUCCAGUACGGCAUGUCGACGGGCGGUCCGAACCCGGCCAUGGUCGCUUAUUACCAGCGGCACGCAUACAUGCCUCAGCCGACGCAGCCGCAGAUACCUUCGCCGAGCUACACUUUUCAGAAUGCGCCUCCCUCUCCGGGAUACGACGCCCAUCAACAACAGCAGCAGCAGCAGCAACAGCCGCAGCAGUACAUGGGUAUGUCCGACACUCCGAUGGUAGGGUCGGAUUACGUGCCACAUGCGAACAGCAAUCUCCAGACUAUGCCCGGUGCUGCUUAUGCCACCAACGGCAUGCAGAGUCCCGCACCCACGGAUAUUUGCGGUGCCGCAAGUCUGGGCUCGAACCUGGAGCAGCGGACCAAUACGUACGCAUACAACUCGUCUCCAUAUGCAUACUGA